AUGGAGGACGACACUACGACCCCGGUGGGCGGAGGAACGGCAUACGCCGAAAAGCCACUACCGCCCGACAGCACAUCUUCAUCCACUCAGGGUGUUUCUCCCGGAGACGAGCACCCGCAAGCCGACAACCCCCAGUAUGUCAGCGGCGCCAAGUUUGAGGCUAUCAUUGGCAGCCUUGUGCUCUCCUGCUUUCUGUCGCUCCUGGACACUUCAGUCGUCAGCACGGCUGUACCUAAGAUCACGGAUGAAUUCCACUCACUAGCCGACGUCGGUUGGUACGGCAGUGCCUACAGUCUCGGAUCGGCUGCACUUCAACCCCUGACCGGCAAGAUCUAUCAACAUUUCUCACUCAAGUGUUCGUGGGGCAAGGAGACCUGA